AUGCCGGGCGUGGUCAGUUAUGCCAAGGGCGGUGUCCGCCAGCGCAGCCGUGAAUCACGUCCUGCCCGCGCUGGAGAGGAGGGGGAGGAGUCCCGAGACCCGCGCCUGCAAACGUCGGUGCGGUGUGCCCCGCCGAGGAAGGAGGGGACAAGAGAGCAAAACCGCGGGCUCAAGUCCCCUGGGGCGUUGGAGCCUUUGGGGUCUGCCUUCUGCAACGUGGUUUCCGAGUCUGCUGUCUGCGUCCACGGCUUCCACCGCCGCACGCAUGGCCUCCACCAACCGCGCAUCGGGCACUGUGUUUAG